AUGGCGCAGUUACAGGCCGACUUUCAAAUGGAUAAAACGGGGGGCUGUUCUCCUUUAACGGUAGGUUUAACCAAUACAAGUUCCGGUGCUUCUUCCAAUGCCACUUAUCUAUGGGAUUUGGGCAAUGGAAAUACUUCUACCCUUAUCAAUGCCGGUGCUACCUAUGUGCUGGAAGAAACCUACACCAUUACUUUAACGGUUGCUGAUGGCAAUAAAACUGCCACACAAAGCAAAAAGGUAACGGUUUAUAAAAAGCCAACAAUUGAUUUUUCUUUUGAUGUGGUUAAGGGCUGUCUGCCCCAAGCGGUUAAUUUUACAGCGGCCGCAACGCCCGGUGAUGGAAGCAUCGCCAGCUAUUUCUGGGAUUUUGGCGAUGGUAAUACCCAACAAAGUGCAGGCCUGCAAAAAGUGCAGCACACUUACAAUAUUGCCCUCAAUAGCAUGGUGGGUCUUACGGUAACAAACAGUGCAGGCUGCUAUAGUUAUAUCCAGAAGCCGGCUACACAGGUGCUGCAGGCUAUUAAAGCUUCAUUCAGUGCAGAUAAAACGGUUCUUUGCAAUAUCAGCGACUCGGUAAAAUUCAGCAAUGCCAGUUCAGGUCCGGGUACCCUUAGCUAUUAUUGGGAUUUUGGCGAUGGCAGCAGUUCCAAUGCGGCUAACCCAACCCAUACCUAUAAUAAAAAGGCUUCCAGUACUACGAUUUGUGGCAAUACGCCGGUUACAUUUACCCUUUUGGGUGGGGGCGGCGCAUACAACAGCUGGGAUUUUGGCGAUGGCUUUACCGAUGGUUGGGAAUACAAUUCAACCGUUACCCACCAGUAUACAAGAGAUUCAGUGUAUACUGUUUCUGUUGCCUAUAGCAGUGAUGGUACCGGCUUGUGCAGGGAUACUACUAUCAAAAAAGAUUUUAUCAAAGUAUUGCCGCCUUUUCCAAAAAUCAACCAUAUUGUCAAUACCUGCGAUGGGGAAAGAAAUCUUGUCAGCUUCACAGACACGUCUUAUAAAGCGCUUUCCUGGGACUGGGAUUUUGGAGACGGCAGCGCCCAUAUUGCUUACAACGCGUAUCAACCCCAGGUUCAGCAUGUAUAUGCGCAAACAGGAAAGUAUAAGGUAGUGCUCACCAAUACCAACGGGCAAUGUUCGGUAAGAGAUUCCAGCAUGGUGUAUGUGCUGCUAAAGCAACACCCGGUAUUGUCUUCAAAUAUUACCAGCGCCUGCAGCAGUGGCCCCUUUGCUAUUUACCUGAAAAAUAUGGAGACCAAUCCUGCUCCCAACCCUUAUUUCUGGUAUGGAAAUUAUUACGGGCUGUAUGCCAUGCAAUAUGGAGAUACCAGCAACUUUUCUAAUUACAAUGGCUACCCCUUUCAAAAUGGCGCAUGGCAGAAUACGGUGAACUGGACGAUGGCCUAUCUUGAUCCCACAAAAAAGGAUUUGAGGAUCAUCAGCAACUCAGCGUAUUUCGGCUGUAAUGACACCAGCAAUUUUAUACCGGUAAAAAUAAACGGGCCAAAAGCAGGCUUUAAACUGCUGGAUGCAGCCCCUUGCUUUGAACACCCCAUCCUUGCACAGGAUACUUCUAUAGCAGGCGUCAAUGCACCCAUUACCAGCUGGAACUGGGAUUUUGGCGACGGCAAAACCGCCAACGAAAUGGCCAGUGGUACGGAAACGCACUCGUAUGCCAGCCCGGGUCAAUACAUGGUUAGAUUAACGGUAACCGAUAUCAACGGCUGUAAAGACCAAACCCUGUACGACUAUUCGCAUUAUGCUAACCCCAGCGGCCCGCAGGCUGCAUUUGUAUUCAGUCCGGCAAACGUUACCCCGGGUGUUGCGGUUAGUUUUACCAACAAUACCAACCAGUUCAAUAGUUCAGGUACCCAGUAUAAAUGGCUAUUUGGGGAUGGCAGCAGCUCCACCGGUUUUUCUCCCGUGCACAUCUAUAAUAAGGUUGGUGUAGAUACCGUACAACUGAUUGCCAUCAAUCCGAACACCAACUGCCAGGAUACCAGCAUCCAGGUGAUCAAUGUACGGUUAAUCAAUACCCAUUUUUCUUUUACCAAAUCUUUUGUUACCAGCAGUAGUUGCCCGCCUGUAAUUGUACAUUUUACCAAUACUUCUUCAAAUGCGUUAUCGGUGGCAUGGGACUUUGGCGACGGCAGCAGGGCCGACAACCAGAAUAAUCCAAGCCAUACCUAUUAUACUGCCGGCACCUAUAAAAUUACCAUGUACGGUUAUGGGUACAAUGGUACAACAGAUACUACGGUUGAUUCCAUCGUGGUAAAAGCGCCGUCUGCAAAGUUGAAUGCCAACGCGUUUUUUGGGUGCCGCUCCAAAGUAAUCAGGUUGGAUGCCCAGGUGACCAAUGCCAGUUUCUUUGUCUGGGAUUUUGGCGAUGGCCAGGUGCAGCAAACCAGGGACAGUUUUGCUACGCAUCCCUAUUUAACACCGGGUAUUUAUUCACCCGCUUUGAUCCUGUAUGACUCCAAUGGUUGUUCCAUUCAGUCUUACCUGCAGCAGAAAAUUGUAAUCGAUUCCCUUGCCAUCAGCAUCAAAAAAUCACCUGCGCAGCUUUGCGGCCCGGGACCGGUAAACUUUCAGAACCCGGUCAUCACUAGCUUUGCGCAGCAGGUGCAGCAACCCCUGCAAUACCAUUGGGAUUUUGGAACCGGCAAUGCCGCAGACACGUCAAAUGCAGCCAAUCCAUCCUUCGUAUACAGCACUUACGGAACAAAGCUGGUGCAGCUGACCGUACAAUCGCCCUUUGGUUGUAGUAAGCAGGCAACAGACAGUAUCCUGGUACUGCCUUUGUCUAUUGCUGCUAUCUCCGGGCCGCUGGAGGUUUGCGAAAAAACGACCGUUCAGUUCAACGGUUCGGCUACCAUCAACGAUAAGAUUGGCUGGCAUUGGGAUUUUGGUAACGGCAAUGUUUCAACGCUGCAAAACCCCUUGCCCCAAAAUUUCCCGGAUACGGGCAGUUAUAAGAUAUCACUCGUCAUUAAUCACUAUGGUUGCCCUGAUACUGCCAUUAGCCAGCUUACGGUGCACGCCAAUCCGGUAGUGAAGGCAAGUCCCCAAAGAGCAAUCGUCUGCCUGGGCAAUUCAAUUCAGCUGAAUGCCACUGCUGGUAAUAAUUAUUCAUGGUCGCCCGCCAAUGGGUUAAAUAAUAACCUGUCCUCCUCACCUGUGGCAACGCCUGCAGAUAAUACCGUGUACGUGGUAACGGCUACCAACAAUGCUGGCUGUUCAGGGAAAGAUUCCAUCAGCCUUACCGUACUAAAGCCUUUCACCAUGAAAAUUCCGGCAGAUACAUUCGUCUGCAAAGGAAGCAGCAUUGUACUGCCUGUAUCCGGCGCAAAUUCGUAUCAUUGGAUCAAAGGCAACGGAUUGAGCGAUCUGCAUAGUCCCAGGCCGGUUGCCACACCCAUUGCUGCCACCGGCUAUACGGUGGUAGGCUACGACGCGGGCAAUUGCUUCACAGAUACAGGCACGGUGCAUAUUGACAUCCAGCCGCUACCCUUUAUCAAUGCGGGGCCCGAUAUUGAUGCACCCACCGGCACCAUUGUACAAUUGAAUACCAGCGCCAGCCAGGAUGUAAAUAAUUGGAAUUGGUCUCCACCUGAUUACCUGAGUUGUACGAAUUGUCCCUCACCACUGGCUACGCCAAAAAGAACAACUGCUUACCUUGUAACGGCAGGUAACAAAUAUGGUUGCACGGCUUCGGAUACGGUAUUGGUGAAGUUGAGCUGCAGUCAGGACCGCGUGCGGAUACCAAAUGUAUUCACGCCUGAUAACAAUGGAAAGAACGAUGCUUCUCUGCCGCUUGAACUGGGCUUUGCCACUGUCCAUCAACGAUUGAAAGGAGGUGGUUUGAGUAAGGGCAGGGGAAUGCUUGUAGUUAUUGGGCGUUCAAUUGUGCUGGAUAAAUCCUGGUAUCGAAACGCAUACGAUUGUAAAAAUAUGAUGAAGAUGUAUGACAACUGUACUGAAUGCGGACAACCUCUGGAGCCUGAAGUGGGUUUUUAUUACGGAACUGGUUUUAUCAGGAUGGGAGGGGCUGAUGGGCCAGCAGGCGUAUGGCGGCAUGUGCUUGGAAAUGGUCAGCAAUUCUAUAUGCAAAUAUGCCUUCAUCGUAUCCGCUAUAACACCGAUGAUGCUGUGAUGGUUAUUGCCCAGAAUGUGACUGAGAAAUUGGAACUUGAGCGAAAGCUGGCGGAUGAACGAAAUGCACGGCAGCAGGAAUUAACCGGGGCAAUCAUUACGGCCCAGGAAAACGAAAGGGCUGAAAUAGGAAGGGAACUGCACGAUAAUGUGAAUCAGGUGUUGGGUGCAGCAAGGAUUGUGCAGGAGCAACUUAAUAAUAUCAUUAAACAUGCAAAUGCCAAUAAUAUCGCUGUUGCUUUGUCAUCAGCAGGCACCCUGCAGGCAAAAGGGUAUACCCCUGAAAUCAUCACCGCCCUCUUCAUGGAAAAAAUCCACGAGAUUCAGCAGAGUGGUGCCUCGAUGUACCGGGACAAUAAAAUAAUUAUUCCCAGCUGGGAGAACAGGGUGGAUGAAAUCAAUAUCGCUUUCAGUAAUUCUCUGUUCGGUGACCUGAAAUCCCUUUUCCAGUAUUUUGGCAGCCGCAAUUCUAAAUAUGCCAAUGGGCAGGUGCUGUCGGUAGACAGUGUAUUAAGUAUGCAGUUUACCAUCGAUGAUUAUUCCGUGUCGGCGGCGGGCUACCAGGACAUGGAUGGACUGCUGACCUCGGUAGCAGAAUCGGCCCUUCGGUAUAUGGAUCCAUAUAAUCUCGCCACCUAUUUUUUAAACAAUAGCAAAUUUAGUGAAUGCAGGCAGCUUACCCAGUCACUGCUCAAUGACAACGAUGCGGAUAACGAUGGGCUGGCCCUGCAUUUGAACGGGGUGUCUUACAUGAAGCAAAGGGAUACCGCUACGGCCAAAAAACUAUUCGUGCAGGCUUUGAAUAAAAUCCAGUCUCCCUGGCUUACCUAUAACAACCUCGGUAUCGUAUAUAUACAGGAAGAAAAAUUGGAUAGUGCAAAGAUGAUGUACAGCAACGCAAUCCGCCUCAGGCCGGAAUCCUUCCCGUCAUGGCUUAAUUUUGCCAAUCUGAUGUAUGCGCAAUAUAAGAAGAGCCACAGGAUGGGGUCGCUUGACAGCGCGCUGAACUACUACAGGAAAGCAGUGGCGCUCAAUAAAAACCAGACAUUGAUGUAUGUGGCAAUGUUGCCGGCACUCUAUGACAAAGAAGGCCGCGCUUCUAUGGAAACCGCUAUGAACAAAAUGAUAGAGAUGGACCCCGACAAUAUCCUGGUCUAUGUGCAGGCGGCCAAACUGUUUAACAGCAAGGGCCUUGCCACCGACGCUGCCAUUUAUUAUGAAAAAGCAAAAGCGCAUUGCAAUGGAGACAGCAUCAAACUGGUGCAAUUGGCCUAUUAUUACAAAAGUUAUGGGCAGUGA